CCUUCCUGAUAUUGCCACCCACACGAAAAAAAUCCUAACACCUUCCCCCCAAUUUCCAUGGCUCGAAAACGGAAACAGGAGCCCGAAGACAUAGCAGGAGAGGGAGAAGGACAAGCAGAAUUCGAAGAAGAAGACGAACAAGUCGUCGAAGAGCCGGAGGAGCACAAGGAAGAGGUUAUUCCAGAGACGAACCAAUCCGGCGAGGAUCCCUCCGCGAAUACCGUCACUCACAAUUCCGCCGACAUGGAAGCCGAAGAACAACUUGACGAAGAGCCCUUCGAGAAUCUUCUCGAGCCCUUCUCCAAGGACCAGCUCACUCUCCUAAUCAAGGAAGCCAUCGCGAAACACCCAGAUCUAGCCGAGAUUGUGUUCGCCAUGGCCGAUUCCGACCCCGCCCACUGCAAAAUCUUCGUCCACGGCCUCGGCUGGGAUGCCAACGUCGAUUCAAUUACGUCUGUUUUUGGCAAGUACGGCGAAAUUGAAGAUUGCAAGGUCGUCAGAGAUAAGAACACCGGGAAAUCGAAGGGCUACGGCUUCAUUCUCUUCAAGCGGCGCGACGGGGCUCGUUGCGCCCUGAAGGAGCCUCAGAAGUUGAUUGAGGGAAGGAUGACCAGUUGCCAGCUGGCCUCGGCUGGCCCGGUGCAGACACCCGCGCAGUAUGCUCCGGCAAUUGUUGCUUUACCACCUGCUUCGGAGUACACGCAGAGGAAGAUUUAUGUGAGCAAUGUGUCUGCGGAGCUUGAGCCGAAGAAGCUUCACGACUACUUUUCGAAAUUCGGGGAGAUUGAGGAAGGGCCUUUGGGGUUGGAUAAGCAGACUGGAAAGCCUAGGGGGUUCUGUUUGUUUGUGUAUAAGAGUAGUGAGAGUGCGAAAAAGGCGCUGGAGGAGCCGCACAAGCAGUUCGAGGGUCAGAUGCUGCAUUGCCAGAAGGCGAUAGACGGCCCGAAACACAGCAAGGGUCACUUUAACAUUCAGCAACAGGGGCAUCAUCAUCACCAGGCUAAGAGGGGAAGGUUUGCUGGACACACUGGUGGUCACUUGAUGGCUCCGAGCGCUGGACCAGCUGGAGGGUUUAAUCCGGCAGUUGCCCCGGCUGCGAUAGGACAGGCUGUGGCAGCUCUGUUGGCCACUCAGGGGGCUGGAUUGGGUAUUGGGAAUUUGCUCGGGGGGAUUGGAAAUCCACAAGGAGUGCCGCCUAUGAUGAACAAUGCAGGUUUUGGAGGUCAGGGUGCUGGUGGCGGCUAUGGAGGUCAACCAGGUAUGCAGGGAAGUUAUGGUGGCCAGCCACAUAUGGGUCAGGGUGGUGUAAGGCCACGUCAGGGUGGGGCACCCUACAUGGGUCAUGGUCACUAGGUAACCGGAGAUUCUUCAUAAAUGCAUCAAACUUUUAGUUUUGGACUCUGGUGAUUCUUCUGAAGUUCGGGCAAUCAUGCAAAUGAAGUCUUUCCUUGUAGAAAAAAGUUUCCAUUUGCCUAAAGACUAGAAUCUAAAAUAUGUAUCAUGUUUUUCUUUUUCCUACUUCUAUCAGUCUGAUAUUUUCUAAAAUGUCUUACUUUGGUCUAUUACAACUUUUCCAAAGUGUUGAGAACCAGUGGCUUGAUUACUACUUCUGUGUCUUUGAGAUUUGAGGGUGUCGGUUUACUAUCUUUAUUUACUUUGAAUUUUGGCAUUAAUAUUUCUUCCGUUUGAGUUAUUUUAUAAUUCAGCCUUUGAGAUACAAUGUAGUUUUUGUAAGCAUCAAAUCAUUGUUUGGUUUCCAACACAACUUCUUUUGAUUAUCCGGAUUAAAAAAAAAUAUGGUCCUUUACAUUGAUCUCUAAGCAGACGACUUAAUGAAUUACUGGAGUAGCAUCUUCAGUACCUUGAUUUUGACUAACAUUCGUCGUAGUUUGUUCUUGUAAUAAAAUUGUUGCAGGAACUUGGCAACUGAAAGCCUUCCAUGUCAGUGCAACUGCCAAUUCUUUGCCUUGUGCUGUUGUUCAUUGCACAUGAGAUGUUGACCAAUACUUUCUAGGUCGCACAUAGCAAUGACAUGCAUUUGUUUGAAGUUGCCCCCCUGACGGCAUAGUUCAGAUGCGUUUAAGUUGAGUAUUAUCUGAGGUAUAAAAGCUUACAGGCAUCAUAAAAAUGUGACGGAAUUCUUCAUCUGGGUGACUUUCUCAGUUGACUCUUCAAGUUUCAUAUGGUCUCAUCUUCAGUUUGUUGAAAAUUGUGGAUUUGAUUCAGUAUCAAGCCUUCCUUAAACUGAUUUCUCAAAUUUGACCUCAAACACAUUGUGCUGUGUGGUCUUCUCUUUUGGGAAGCCUAGGUCUAAAAUCUAUUUUUUGGCAUCAUAUUCCCAUUCCGAUUCAAGGAGGUUUAAUGUGUGUUUGGUCGGGGUGUUGCAAUUUUCGGAGGGUUGAUGAAUGUUUGAAGUUGAUGCUGGAGGAGCUUGCUGCAAAUCUUGAUACGGAUAGCAGGUAAUGGCCUCUUGUGACCAGGGAAGGCCUCAGUGUAAGUCAUCAAGCAACUCCACUUUUUUGAUGAAACUAUUCUCCAUAGUGCCAUGAAACAGUAUUCGAUAUGGCACAUACAUUUAUGUAUCAGGAAACAUAAGUAGUGGCCGACUUAUCGUUGUGGACAUCUGUUGAUUAUGAUCCAUGUUGGUGGAUUAGUACAAGAGAAAUCCGAUUUGAGGUUCCUAUGUAUUGGCUAGAGGAAACGAUGGUAGGGGUGUUGUACAGAUCAGAAAACAUAUGUUGCAAGCGGGUUGAGAAGGGAUUUACGUGUAAAUAUUUAUUUUUCGGUGUGGA